AUGGACUCGCCGCUUGUCAAUCGCCUCUUUCGCCAAUUGUUCUCGCACCGGGCGUCGCAAUGCCUGGCCCGCGGAGGUCGACCAGCGCUCGCUGCUGCCCGCAUUCCGCACCACCAAAGACGGACAAAAGCCACUCGGUUGGGUGAGGGCGAGACGCGAAGGGAAAGCAGAUGGACACCAAGGAGAAAUGCAUUUCCGCAUGAGAGAAGCGAGGAGUUUGAGAGAUACCCAAUGGUCACGUCGGAUAUGUUGCGGAACAGAAGAGAAAGACCGCGGCGAGUCAAGAUGCUGCUACGAGACUUUAUAGAGGACAGCUUGUACAACCCAAACUACGGCUACUUCUCUAAACAAGUCGUCAUCUUCUCGCCAGGCGACCCGUUCGACUUCAACUCCAUGGGCUCCGAGCACGAAUUCUUCCAACAAUUGCGGCAUCGCUACACUGCCUUUGAGGAUGAGCUGGAUUACAAAGAGCCAAAUGAUCUACGACAGCUAUGGCAUACCCCUACUGAGCUGUUCUCUCCUUACUAUGGAGAAGCAAUUGCACGCUAUCUCGUCGAAGACUACAAGUACAACUUCUAUCCAUAUCACGACUUGAACAUAUACGAGAUGGGCGCGGGAAAUGGCACCAUGAUGCUAAACAUACUCGACUUCAUCAGAGAUGUGCAUCCAGAAGUGUAUGAACGGACGAAGUACAAGAUUAUCGAGAUUUCCAGUCAACUUGCCGACUUGCAACAGAAGGGGCUGGGUCACUCGGCAUACGCGAGAGGCCAUUCGGACAAGGUGGAGAUUAUCAAUCGCAGCAUCUUUGAUUGGAACACCUACGUCUCCUCACCUUGCUACUUCCUUGCGCUCGAGGUCUUUGACAAUUUCGCCCACGAUGCCCUAAAGUACGACUUUGAGACUGGUCUACCCUACCAGUCGCACGUUGUCAUAGAUGCCCGAGGCGAACUCUUCGAGUACUAUUCCCGCACCCUUGAUCCUCUUGUAAGCCAGUUCCUCGAGCGAAGGCAUGCUGCAUGCUCCUCGUAUCGGCACCCACUCCAAGGCUCACGGCUCAUGCACAACUUGAGGAGCCUAAUUCCAUUCCGGUCAAACAUGAGUGUGCCAGAGUAUAUUCCCACGAGGCUGAUGCAAUUCUUCUACAUGUUGUAUGAAAAAUUCCCAAAUCACAAGCUGGUCAGCAGUGAUUUCCAUAAGCUAAGCGAUGCGGUGGAAGGUAUCAACGCUCCUGUUGUGCAGACUAGGUAUAAGAGACAGAUGAUUCCCGUCUCUACGCCUCUUGUCCACCAAGGCUACUUUGACAUUCUCUUCCCCACCGACUUUGAAGUCAUGGAGCCAAUGUAUACAGCCAUUACAGGGCGAUUUGCGCGUACCUAUCUUCAUGAAGACUUCAUGGCUGGCAGAGCAGACAUUGCGGAGACGACCACGAAGAAUGGUGAUAACCCACUAUUGAGUUGGUACAAGAACGCAAGUGUCAUGAUUACUGUGUAG